ACUAGGUCAAAGGAACACCAACGGCUUUUGUCUAUGUUGAGUUGUUUUCAUUUUUUUUUUUAGUUAUACAUAUUUACUAAUUAGAUACAAGUUAUAAGAUACAAAUCUGCAAUAAUAUUGUAUUGGAUAUUUUGAGUGAGAAAAGAUGAAAUGUAAUAACGAACAUUGUUGGUUGAGAAGCUGAAUAAGAGCUUUUUAAACCCUUACGCACAAUGGGUCAGCGACUCAGUGACGAGACGGACGAUAAGGAAAUCGAUGUUGCUGAACUGCAGGAGUGGUAUAAAAAGUUUGUGGUGGAAUGCCCAAGUGGAACCCUUUUCAAGCACGAGUUCAAGAGCUUCUUUGGCGUAACUGACAACCAAGAAGCUGCAGACUACAUUGAGAACAUGUUCCGUGCUUUUGAUAAAAAUGGGGACAACACUAUUGAUUUUCUGGAAUAUGUUGCAGCACUGAACCUGGUAUUGCGAGGCAAGCUGGAGCAUAAACUGAAAUGGACUUUUAAAAUGUAUGAUAAGGAUGGAAGUGGUUGCAUUGACAAGACAGAGCUAAAGGAGAUUGUGGAGUCAAUCUACCGAAUGAAGAAGGCUUGCCAUGGAGAGCUGGAUGAGGAGUGUAACCUACUCACCCCAGACCAGGUGGUGGACCGAAUAUUUGAGCUGGUGGACGAGAAUGGAGAUGGGGAGCUGUCACUGGAUGAGUUCAUUGAUGGCGCACGGCGUGACAAGUGGGUCAUGAAAAUGCUGCAGAUGGAUGUGAACCCAGGAGAGUGGAUCAAUGAGCAGCGGCGGCGAAGCGCCAACUUCUAAAGCUGUAAAUCCAGAAUCCAAAUGCCUCCUCAGCCAAGUUUUCACGCAGUCUGUUCAGUUUUUACAAUCUACCAUAAACACUAUUAGCUUUGUGAAUAAAGACUAUGCAGCGAGGCAACCUUUUCCGGAAGCAAAAAUCGACCUUUAAAAUGGCACAGAGAUAUGCACAAGGGAAAUGCCAAUUCUUUUUUCCCCUGUUCAUCUGUAAUAUUGCAAAUGCAACUUUCUGUAUAUCAAAACUUGCAUUGUAUUUUCUAAUAAAUUUUACUUGGCUUGGGUCGAGGAUGGCAAUUAAUUAAACAAAAAAUUAGGCAUUUUUUUUAUAUAUAGAUUUAAUUUAAAAUAAAUUAAACAGACAUUAUCAUUCCAUUGUAUGUUUUGACAAAUUUCCCAAAUGGGUAUUAACAUGUUUGUCACUUAUAAAUAAGGUGGCUGUACACACAUAUGAUGUAUUUUUUGUGAAUGUUUAAAAGCAUUAUCCAUAGAAACACUGCAUUUCACAAGACUUGUGAAUUGUGUUCAUACAAAGAAGACAUGUUUGUUUGUUUGUUUUUUCAAGAAAGAUUGCUUUUAUUCAAUUUUUUACGUUUCUUUUUAGUUUUAUUUAAUGUGGCAGAUGAUUUCCCACUGUAAUUCAACCAUGAUACUAUCCAGAGUAUGUUGAGGGUGUAAAUACAAAAGUGGAGAUAAGCCCCCUGGAAUGGAGUACUAUACUCAUUUAAGAUUAAUUUAAUAAAAUUUAAGAAAUAUUAUGCCUGA